AUGAAAAUGGGUCCAAUGAAAGCGGAAGCGAGGUUAUGCCAGUAUAAGAGCAAACGGUUCUGGAACCCAUGCUUCAGUGAUACCAACUGUGCUGCUACUUGCAUUGAAGAGGACAACGAGAACAACGGCGGGCACUGCACUGGUUUAAGUCGCCGCUGCUUUUGCUACAAACUUUGCAACUGA